GGAACUAUGAUGCCACAGACUGCUUAGAAGGCUCCGACUUGGCGAAGAUCAGUGCCAUGCCCUUGGGUCUGGACUACCACAGCAGGUCUGAGAAGGAGCGCCAGUUGAAAGUGGCAAGACAGGCUGCGGGGCCUUUUCAUGCAAGAUACAUGGAGCUCCUUUUUCCAGUCGAUUGUCACAGCAGCUAUUGGUGGCUUCCACCUCGUGGGAAUUAUUGGUGGCAGCCGCGAGGGCCAUCGCCCCGCUUCGGGCAGACUUGUGGCCACCGGCGGUGUGCCUGCCAGAUGUUGGGAAGCUCUUGGAGACCAGUGCCGUGGACGCGUUUUCUGCAGCUCUUGGGGCUUGUGUCCUUCGUUGCAGCACCUUGGGGACAUGGUCUCGAUACCCACCGCGUUUGGGAGGCAUUAAUGAUGGGUAGCGUGCCUGUCGUGCUGUCUUCACCACUGGAUGUGCUAUACGAACAGUUUCCCGUCAUUAUCCUCCAAAGUUGGCAGGAGGCGCAACCCAAUUCCACGUGGCACUGGCGACGGAAGAUUCUCCGCAAAUGGGGGAGGCAGCCCUUUUCAAGGGUGCAAGCGAAACUACGAACUCGCUUCUGGACAGACUUGAUCCGUGAACGGCAUCAGGCAGCACUGAGGUCAUAAUACUGACGAUUUUGGUGUUCAUCCCAUCCGGAAGCACACAUCGGCCAUCGGAUGUUUUCAGCGUGCUUGAGACCAGACCUCCAGCAGGACCGGUUUGGACAGACGUGUUCUCACGUACCCCUAACGCUUCGUCGCAAAGUAUAGUGUGUCAAACAUUUCACCUUGGAAACAUGUAUGUGUCCAAACUCAUUAAGAAGCUCAUUGGGGUUGUUGUGAUUUUGUUGAUCAGUCAUGAUCAGUCCAAAAGACGUUGACAAUUUGGUUGCGAACUUCAACUUGUUGAUGUAUAUAGCCUUAUUGAGGGUUUCCUUGGAGAGAAGGUUUCCCUGGUCCUUGAUGUUCUCUUAAGGCAAGCCAGG